GUUCUCACAUAAAUUCCUAGCCGAGAAAAUGAGGACAGCUUUUGGAAAGUCACGAUUCACGAAGUAUUUUUAAAAAUCAAACAUUUCCAGUGGACUUUUUUUUUUUUACCAAGUGGAGGAUAAUCCAAAUGUUGUCUUCAAAUAUAGUUUGACCUGUAUUUUUUACUUUUUGUGCGGUUCGUAUCGUACUUAAGGGAAAAUUUGACAAAAAUAAUCGUCGUGAAACCGUACAGACUGCGUCCUCGGCGUCUUCCUAAUUAUAACACGAGCAGUAACUGUAUCUCGAGGGUCAGGUCAGCGCAGCGGCGCGCUAUGCGGACCCAGCCUCGCGCCGCGACUGGACUCUGACACCCUGCGUCCACUGGAACAGAACAACGCACGAAAGUUCAACUUUCUAAACCACUAAAUAAGCUCUGAUUGGCUGUUUGGCUCGCCAGAAGUUGGGCAACUUUUUUCCUCAAACAACAGACUCCAUUGUUUUCUCCGGAGACUACCAGCUCUUGAUAAGGUUCCUAAGCAAUGCCUGUCCCUCCUCCACCACCUCCCCCAGCACCCCCACCCCCACCUGCUGCAGCUCUUGCACAAUCAGACCCCCCUAAAGUCCAGCGUUCUGAGGGAGCAGGUCGCGGUGCACUUUUGUCAGACAUUCAGAAGGGGACGAGACUGAAAAAGGUCACACAGGUUAAAGACAGAAGCGCACCAGUCUUUGACAAACCUAAAGUGAAUAGCGUAGAUGACGGUGGAAGAAAUGUGUCUGCUGGGAAUUCUGCAAACACAACAGGAUCUACUCCAUCUGCAGUGGGUCCAACUCUGGGUGGACUGUUUGCUGGAGGAUUUCCUGUGCUCAAACCAGUCGGACAAAGAGAGAAACUGCCACCUCACAACCCGGUGUCUCGUUCCGGCUCUACCGCCAGCCUGAAGCAGCCUCUCUGGAACCCUCCAUCACAAGGAGAUGGUUUCAGAGGAAGCGCCCCUGAUCUUUCCCCUUCCCACAGGCCUUUGGAGAGAACCUCCUCACUGUCUAGAGCUCGGCCUAUUUCCUCAUACACAGCUCCGCCCUCCCCCAGCCAAACUACACAUCCUACUUUUAAACUAUCGUCUACUCCUCCUUCCUCUGCCCCUCCUCCACCUCCUCCUCAGGAGCGACCCAAUAAUAGACCACCUUCUCUGCCCUCCGGCCCGCCCCCACCCCCUCCUCCUCAAAUGGCCAAACCCACUUGGUUACCUGUCCAAUCACACUCCAUUCCCAUGCCCACAACUCCACCUCCUCCACUGCCUCCCUCGGUUCCUCUGUUCUCACUUCCUGACAGAUCAUCUGGUGUCUUCUACCCUCCGCCCCCUCCACCGCCUCCAUCAAUCCCUCCCUCCUCGGUGCCCGACAGGUCAUCUGGUGUCUUUUACCCACCGCCUCCUCCACCACCUCCAUCUUCGCACCCUAACCGCUCAUCUGGAGUCUUCUUCCCUCCGCCCCAGUUAGAAAUGAAGGACAGUACAUUAGGACCUCCUCCCCCUCCACCUCCUCUUCCUGCUUCAUUUGCGUGCAGUCACCCCUCCUCAGCACCUCCUCCGCUACCUCAGAAAGUAUCUCCCAUGCCUUCACCUACAUACAGGCCCAGCGUACCACCUUUGCCACCGUCCUACCCCUGUGGUGCACCCAGUAGGCGCCCCCCUGCUGUGCCACGAUUUGCAGGUGCUCCACGGAUGGCUCCACCCCCUGCUCCCCCGGCUCGCUCUCCUAACACUGAACUCUCUAUUAGGACUCCGCCCCCUCCUCCUCUCCCACUGUCGGCUCCGCCCAGCUCACUACGCAACGGACACCUGCACAGUUUAGAUGACUUUGAAUCAAAGUUUCACUUCCAUCCGAUAGAGGACUUCCCCCCUCCUGAAGAGUUCAGGCCCUUCCCACGUACUUACCCCAGCAAGGAGAACAGAGUCAACCCACAACCUCCUGCCAUGAGGACUCAUUUAAGAUGAAGCUUUGUGCUAACCUUUAUCAGGACACUUUUGUAAGCAUCAUUUUCAUGGUAGAACAGCAGCCAAAUCUGUUGGUAAAAUCAACUCACAUUAUCUGUGAAAACAUUUUAGCUUGAUGUAAAACUACUCACCCACAUUUCAAGAAUGAGUUUCCCCAUUACAGCUGCAGCCUUCUAAAACUUCUGAUUCUUAUUGAAAAUCGUUUACCUGUCUAAAUUAAUCUUCUUCAUACAUUAAUAAGUGCUUUAACAUUUGAUAUAUCUGGAACAAAUGUUAUCCUAAUAAUUUCUAUUUAUUUUGCUUUCAUUAAUUUGAUUAAUUAUCCCAUCAGCUGUCAACACACACUGAAUGGAGUAAAAGGGCAAAUUAAUAACUACUAAUAGAAUAAAAAAUAGUAAAAGUUUAAUCAUGGCUUAAUAAAGCAAAAGGAAAAAAAAGUGAUGAAUCUGUGCAUACAGAUUUGAGAAAUCUCCACUGACUUUUGGUUUCAAAUAAAAACCACAAAUCUGUUUUUGUAAAAGGGAAGAAAGUUCACCAGUAAACGUGAAACAGUGUGUUUUAGACCUAAGGUGGUCUGAAUAAAGGGUUGAAAUGGAUGAAACCACAGUUGGAAUAGUAUGUAAAUGGAAUUAAUUUGCUAAAACUAACAUGUUUUUAAUUUCUUGUGGCUGCUGGAGCCCUAUGUAGUCUUCAUCAAAUCAAGACUUACUGAAACACCAAAGAAAAAAUACUCUUAGGUUUCCCUCAAUGUAUAUUUCUUUUUUUUUUUCCAAAUACUACCUGUAUUUGAAAUCUUUGCCAGUAUGAAAUAUUGUAUUAAAGCUCUGAACCUGAAGGAGGAAGACACUGGGAAACAGUGCCACCCACUGGACAUGCUUGCAAUUUAUUGCUCUGACUGAAUAAAUUAUUUAACCCAA